UUACAGUUUCAAGGAAGUGAGGCCACCGAACAGUUCUGUCGGCAAUUCAAUAAGCUUUUCGAUAUCCUGAACUCAUGGAAUGUUCAAGCAAAUGGUGACAAAGCGGUUCUUACCAAAGAAAACCUAGAGGAGAAGACUAAAGAGCUUAAUGAGUUAGCGCUCUUUUUAGCUAAACUAAAACUUCCAAGUGGCAGAUUAGUCUACACAAGUAGAAGGAAAACCUGUAUUAUUGGAUUUAUCGCAACGAUACGAUCAACUAUAACUCUAGCCCACCAGCUUCUUCAUCGGCAGAACAACCCAUUGAGUUAUGUAGCCACUAGGCACAUGCAGCAGGACCCAUUGGAACACUUUUUUGGGAUCAUUCGACUUCGUUGUGGAUUGAAUAAUAAUCCAAAUGCUCUGCAAUUCAAAUCCAUUCUGAGAAAAUUAUUAGUUAUAAAAGCUGGAGGUGUUACCCCUUCACUGUCAUCCAACUGUUCCCUUAUGCCAGUAGAUAAUGUAUCUGAUGUUAACGAACUCACAGUUGAUCAGGAUAUCAUGAUGGAUAUUGAAGUAAUAUGUUCUGAUGAGGAAUUCCAUGCUAGUCAGUUGAAAGACCACUUCACCAACCAAUGCCUAGCAUACAUUGCUGGCUACAUUGUACUGAAAACUGAGAAACUUGUUAAAUGUCCAACCAGAAGAAAUUCCUUGUUUAACUCGUGUGAUGAUCCUCUAAGUCCAGACCUGUUAAAUAUUUGUAAAUUUAAAGUUACAAACGUAAUAACUGUUCCUUCACAAUCUGUAUAUACCUUGAUUCACACAGCUGAAACAUUUUUUCAUUCCGUUGUUGUAGAAAAGUUAUCUGCACUCUCCAAUCAACAUAAUGUGUUAGAAACAUUAGCGCACAAGAUCCUCAAAGUUGUUAACUACUCUGAAGUGUUUCCUACCAUUGUUAACAAGUUUUCUGUUGAAAGUGUUCAUGAAUUAAUCAAACUAAUUGUACUCAGAUAUCUUAAAUUCAGAUUCCUUUCUUUUACUAAAGUGUUUAAUCAAAACUUAUCAAAUGAAACCUCUAAAAGAAAUUUCUUGAACAAAUAUACCUUGUUUAUGAAUCAGUAG